AUGUCCACCAUCAGCCCUGAAUACGACUACCUGUUUAAGCUGCUGCUGAUCGGCGAUUCCGGGGUUGGGAAGUCGUGCCUCCUGCUCCGUUUUGCAGACGACACCUACACGGACAGCUACAUCAGCACCAUCGGAGUCGACUUCAAGAUCCGAACCAUCGAGCUGGAGGGCAGGACCAUCAAGCUGCAGAUUUGGGACACGGCCGGGCAGGAGCGCUUCCGAACCAUCACGUCCAGCUACUACCGAGGUGCGCACGGCAUCAUCGUCGUGUAUGAUGUCACGGACCAGGACUCCUUCAACAACCUGCAUCUCUGGCUGGAGGAGAUAAAUCGCUACGCCAGCGAGAACGUGAACAAGCUCAUCGUGGGCAACAAGAGCGACCUGGCCAGCAAGAAGGCGGUGGAUUACGCCACGGCCAAGGAAUACGCAGACUCCCUCGGGGUGCCCUUCCUGGAGACCAGCGCCAAGACCGCCACCAACGUGGAGCAGGCCUUCCUCACCAUGGCGGCGGAGAUCAAGAACCGUGUGAGCAGCGGCCCGACCCAGAACGACAGCCACAAGUCCAGCCUGCACAUCCAGAGCGGCCCCCUGAGGCAAGAAGGAUCUGGCCAGGGGGAAGACGGCGGCGGGGGCUGCUGCUAA